AUGUCCGGACGUGGUAAGGGUGGCAAGGGCCUCGGCAAGGGCGGCGCUAAGCGUCACCGCAAGAUCCUUCGGGACAACAUCCAGGGUAUCACCAAGCCCGCGAUCCGGCGUCUUGCUCGCCGUGGCGGUGUCAAGCGCAUCUCCGGCCUCAUCUACGAGGAGACCCGCGGUGUCCUCAAGCAGUUCCUCGAGUCGGUCAUCCGCGACGCGGUGACCUACACCGAGCACGCUCGCCGCAAGACCGUGACCUCGAUGGAUGUCGUCUACGCGCUCAAGCGCCAGGGCCGCACCCUCUACGGCUUCGUUCCGCGCAAGUUCUUUGGUUGGUCGAUGCCGGAGACAAUCGAUGCCACGGUGUCGACUUCGGCAAGUGAGGAUCUACCGGCGUGUGUUACUGACCUCUGUUCCGCCCCGCGUGUCUGGGAGGAUCCAAAGUCGGCGUUGGAGCGAUCGUGCAAGACCUCGCUCUCGCGCGAGACAAACGUGACGUACAAGUACAAGGCCAUGAGCGUCGAGACGGAGAAUCCGCGACACAAGUCCCACGAUGUUGUCGUCAUCCCAGACGCCGCCUUUACGCCAUCGCGCCGCAUGCCUGCAAGCUGA